AAUGAUACUUUCAUAAUUUUUUUUCUUUGAGCUCGUAGUAUUAGAAAACCUUAAAAUAAGUGUUUUUAACUAAAAUAUUCCAAAAAUUUGAAUGAACCCGUUUAAAGUUUAAAUUAGAUCCCUUAAAGUUUUGCAAAAUAAAUCAAAAUGUUGCUGCAGUGCUUGGGAAAAUGUACACGUUUGUCCACACCCACCAUUAAAUACACAACAAAUGUUUAUGGCCAUCACCAGCAGCAUUGGAGAUCAUUUACGAUAAGGCACAAUCAUGUAUCAGGGAAAAUGAACACAAAUUUUAAUGCCGCCAGAGGGCAAUUGUUAACAACGCACCUAAUGAAACAAAAUGUCUGGUUGUUAAGAUUGAAAAAUACUGCUCCGGAACUAAGAAAAGCCAAGGCUCCCAAAGUUAAACUAAAGAAAGGUGAUAUAGUGCGUUUGGUUAGUUUGGCCAAAUCGGAAAAACUGGUUUUAACAGCUGCCAUUGGCUGUUUGAUUAUCUCCUCGGCUAUAACUAUGAGUGUACCCUUUGCUUUGGGUAAAAUUUUGGACAUUAUUUUCGAUAAGGAGGGUGCUAAUGGUGAACAAGCUUUAGAUAGAUUAAAACAUUUCUCCGCUAUACUAUUGGGUAUAUUUGUGGUGGGUGGUUUGGCUAAUUUCGGACGGGUUUAUCUAUUCAAUAGUGCCUCCUUGCGUAUUGUGCGCAACUUACGCUCUAAAUUGUAUAGACGCAUGCUGCAUCAAGAAGUGGGUUGGUUUGAUAGAAAAGGCACCGGUGAAUUGGUAAAUCGUUUGGCUACUGAUACUUACUUAGUGGGCAACUCCUUAAGUCAAAACCUAUCAGACGGUUUACGUUCUACUGUCAUGGUUUUGGCCGGCACCACUAUGAUGAUUUACACUUCGCCGCAAUUAGCUCUCAUAAGUACCUGUGUGGUGCCUUGUGUGGCAGGAAUAGCUGUUAUAUAUGGUCGUUAUGUACGCACGAUAACCCGACAAUUGUUAGACAAAUUAGCCGAUAUAUCCAAAUCAGCCGAAGAACGUUUGGGCAAUGUUAAAACUGUUAAGACUUUUACGAAAGAAGAAGAGGAAUGUAAAUCUUAUGAUAAUCUCUUAACAGAAGCUUUAAAUCUAGGCUACAAAGAAGUUAUGGCCAAAUCGUUAUUCUUCGGUUUGACUGGCAUGUCUGGCAAUAUAAUCAUAGUUUCCGUUUUAUACUAUGGAGGUUCUUUAGUCGUACAAGAUGCUUUAACUAUAGGCGCCUUAACAUCAUUUAUAUUAUAUGCUGGUUAUUCGGCAAUUUCUAUUAAUGGUCUUUCCAAUUUUUAUACCGAAUUAAAUAAGGGUGUGGGAUCGGCCCAACGUAUUUGGGAAAUAUUUGAUCGUAAAAAUUCGAUUCCCUUAAAUUUUGGCGUAAUACCAGAGACGAAACCACGCGGUGAAGUUGAAUUCGAUAAUGUUAAUUUUAGUUUUCCUGCUCGAGCGGAUAGUGUAGUUUUAGAUAAUUUUAAUUUAACUUUAAAACCAGGACAAACCACAGCUAUAGUGGGACGUAGCGGUUCGGGUAAAACCACCAUAGCCACUUUGCUGUUGCGACUAUAUGAUCCUUUACAGGGUAGAGUUUUGCUGGAUCAAGUGGAUUUGAAAGACUUAAGUCCUGUAUGGUUAAGAAAUCAUAUAGGUGCUGUGAGUCAGGAACCUGUUUUAUUUUCUGGCACCAUAAAAGACAAUAUUUUGUAUGGCUUGAAUAAGGAUCAAUCAAUAAGUGAAUCAGAAUUUGAGGAAAUUGUUCGAAAAGCUCAUGUUGAUGAAUUCACUUCUCAACUACCGCAGGGCCUCAAUACCAUGGUGGGCCAACGAGGCAUGAUGUUAAGUGGUGGACAAAAACAAAGAGUAGCCAUUGCUAGAGCUUUAAUAAAGAAUCCCACCAUUCUUAUAUUGGAUGAGGCGACUAGCGCUUUAGAUUCCGUUUCCGAAGAACUAGUACAAAAUGCACUCGAACAAUUAGCCAAAGGCAGAACUUGUCUAACCAUAGCACAUCGUUUAUCCACUAUACGUAAUGCUGAUUCUAUAGCCGUACUAGAUAAUGGACAAAUUGUUGAGCAGGGGCGAUAUGAGGAGUUAAUAGCACGCGAUACUAGCACAUUUAAAGAGUUAGUUAAGAAACAAGCAUUUCUUAUGAACUCAUGAUGACAAAGAAACUAAUAUUUUUUUUAGUAGAAAACAUUUGUUUUAGCCAAUUUUUAUUACAUUAUUUAAUUUUUAGUUAACAAAUUUAUUUUUGUUAAAGUUGUACAAGUUUUAAAAGUUUAUUGUUAUACUUAUGUAACUUUACAAAUAGCAAAGUUGGUUUUGCGGUUAUUAAUAAAACGAUCAAAGGCAUAAAUUUUGUUAUAAUAAAUGUUA